CUCUCCCAGGAGAGAUCGCGAAAGUAAACCGAACGCUGCAGGUUACUUCGACCUGUGACCCACGUGGGGUGACUGAUGCCAGAGACCUCCUCCCCACACACCACGCCUCUCCUCAUCCCUCAACCGUCGUCGGGAUCCGCUUCUGUCCAAAAACCCCCAUGGGGCAGGCAGACGCAAGGUUGCGACCCAGGGAGGGGCAGCACCGUCCCUAGGGUCACACGGCCCAGCCCCUUACCCCGUUACUUGGGGCAGGGGGCGAUUCCGGGCCGAGGGUCGGGGCGACGGACCGAGAGUGACUGGAGCUACGCCCGCGGCUUCCUGAGUUGCCCGUCUCUAUCCCAGGAGAGGGAACCAGCGCCAGGAGGAAGACAAGCACCUGCCCCUGCGGACGCCCCUAGCCCCUUGGCUGAGGUCGCAGGACGCCGGCUGGCGAUGAGCGGCCCCCUUCUCCCAGCCUGGAUGUCCCCACAGACAAGAAGGAAUAACAGAAUCCCAGACCUUUCGAGAGUACCCUGCAUGGACACAGCCGUCAGCACCUUUCUGUGCUCAUGGGAUUGCCACCAAGCCCUUCGGGCAGGAACUCCCGCUGUGCCCAUUUUACAGAGGGGCAAAUGGGCUCAGGGAGACAGGGCAGCACGCAGGGUGCAGAGGCAGGACUCCAACCCAGGACUUCUGCCCUGUCUGGGGCUCUGGCAGGUUGGGCUGGACCAGGUUGAGGGUGUCCGGUGGAAGCUGGAGGAGCCACUAUGGGCCCGUGAGGGUCCCAGGUAGGUGGGCAAGGUGGGAGGCUGGGGAAUCGACAAUGCGAGGGCAGGGGACUGUACACAUCACCAGGGCUCCCUCUCUGUGCCUCGGUUUCCCUAGCACUUAGUUGAGGAAGGUGAGGACAUCACUGACUCCCUCCUCAAAUGGUCCCCCACUGGUUUUGGGAUCUGCUGGGGAUUCUUGCUUGAAUCCACGUGCCCACAGGCCACCGGGAGUCCCUACAACGCUGCCAGUGGCCCCAUUUAACAUGCAGGUCCCAGGUCAGGCGUGGUGGCUCACACCUGUAAUCCUAGCACUUUGGGAGGCUGAGGCGGGUACAUCACCUGAGGU